UUUUCUUCUUUUCUUUGUUUCAUGUGAGGCAUGAGAAGUUCUGAUGGGGAAAAUCCGUUGCCUCACAUCGGAGUAAACGUGGACAAAAGGCGUGACUCAGAGCAGAUCAGAUGAGUUGAAACUGUGCGUCAAGUGUUAACUUUUGGAUCAGGAUUAUGGAUCAGGGUGGAUAGGGCGGUGUUUUUUUUUUUUUUUUUGGUUUUGUUUUUUUAAAAUACAUAUAUAUACUUAUAAUAACUAUGACCGUCUUGUUUUUUUGUCACUCUAUUGUGCUCGGCUGUUCAUCCCCCGCUGCGGUUGCCAUCUCGCUCUGACUUGUCUCGGAAUCCUGAAUUGAUCGCGUAUUGAUCAACGGGAUGGCACUUUUGCUCCUGCUGGCUUUCUUGACCUGCGUGGACGCCAAAAGCGCGUUCCCGCUCAGAACCUCUUAUAACCUAUACGCCGGCGGGAAUGCGCUCGGGCAAGGUGCUCGAGUUGCCAGCAGACACAGGAAUUGGUGUGCAUACGUGGUGACAAAGACGGUCAGUUGUGUGGUCGAAGAUGGAGUGGAGACAUACGUGAAACCAGAUUACCAUCCUUGCGCCUGGGGCAGUGGUCAGUGCAGCCGCGUGGUCGUCUAUCGUACCUACAUGAGACCCAGGUACAAAGUAGCCUAUAAAAUGGUGACACAGAUGGAGUGGAAGUGUUGCCAGGGUUAUAGUGGUGAUGACUGUAGCAAUGGUCCAACUGGUGGAACAGGGAUAACCAACAGGCCUCUGCCCCAGCCAGGAACUGGACACAGUGGGACAAGUACUAGACAAGGAGGCAUCAACACUGACUUUGGACAGAAUGGAGGAUACAAUGGAAGGGUGGAUAAUGAAAAGAUGAGGCAGCUGGAGGAAAAGAUUCACACCCUGACCAAGACUAUUGAGGACUUGCAAUCUAGCAUGACAUCCAUGAACGAGCACUUUCAGGGAGGGUCCAACAAACCCGGUCUUCAUGGCAACAGUGGUACAUCCUUCGGGGGAAGAAACCCUGCGGAUGCAGCUCAACCAGAGAUUAAAGAGACAAUCCAUAGCAUCCAAACCAAAUUGGAUCAACUUGAUAAUCGCACACAGGCUCAUGAUAAAACGCUUGUAAGUAUCAACAAUCAUCUGGUAAACGGAAAAGGGAAUGAUCUGGAUGGAGGUCUACCAGAAGGAGGAAGUCUGGGUGGAAAAAUUCUAAACUCACUGAAGGAGGAGAUUCUUAAGGAGCUCGAGAGAAGGGUCUCACUAUCAUGCUCAUCAUGUCAGGCUGGUGUGGAGGACCUACAGAGACAACAGCGGGAAGACCGGGAAAGAAUUCGGGCCUUGGAGAAGCAGAUUAAUUCAAUGGAUGUUCGUUAUCGCCAGGGAGUUGAUGGAUUGCGCCGGGAAAUAACCAGUUCAAAAGGAUGCUGUGACACCAUCAAUGACCUCCGAAACCGUGUAACAGAUGCCGAGCGCAAGAUCAGCUCGGCGGCAGAGAACUUUGAUGUCCUGCAGAACCGACUGAACGACAAGCUGAAGGGAGGAAGCGGCAGCAGUAGUAAGGAGGGAGGAUUCAGAGGAGGGGAGAUUGGCGCUGAAGGCAGCAGGAGGGGCAGUAGCGGGAAUGUAGUGCUAACUGAGGAGAAACUAAACAAUCGAUUGAAGGAUUUGGAACGUCGGGUCAAUGGGACUAUGGAGCAAACUGAACAAAGCUGUGCAUAUUUGGAAAAUGAUUUGAAGGACUAUUUUCACAGAGAACUAAGUGACCUUCGGACUGUGUUCCUGGACCGCUUUGAUGAUCAGGCCUUCAGGAUCGCAGACGUGGAGCUGGAUGUGGGGCUUGUGAAGCAAAGCGUGAAUGAGCACGACAAGACACUAUCAAAGCUAGAAAACAGAACCUCCCUCCUGAACAGGAAGUUGGAGGAGUGUGGCUGUAGAAGUAUGGGAGGAGGAGGGGAAGCAGGAAGAGGAGGGGGUAAUGCUUUCAAUCCUGGAGGCCAUGGUGACACCACUGGUGGAGCCAGGGGUGGGACUAGAGGUAGCAACGGCGGCAAUAGAGGUAGCACUGGUGGAAGCAAUGGUGGCAUUGGUGGAGAUGAAGGAGUCAGCGACACUGUGGGAGGAGGAGGCUUACCAGGAAUAGGAGAAAGCUUUAAUUCAACAAGGAAAUCAUUGGAAUGGAGAGUAAUAGACAAUGAGAAUCAAAUUAGACAUUUCAAUACAAAACUAAAAGACUUGUCCGUGUAUGGAGACUCUCUUAAUGAGAAGGUUGUGGAUCUGAGCCAUGACAUCCGUAAGAUCAAGGAUUUGACCGGUGAUCACGGUGAACACUUUAACCGCAUUGUGACAGAGGUGGAGUUGCUCGGGCAGGAUUGCGAAAUCUGCGGGAGAGUGGAAAAUGAGUUGCGGAAGCUGCGGAAUCAUUCCAAGGAUGCACUGGGCCGCUUGCAGAACCAAAUGAACCGACUUCAGCUGAAUGUGGACUCUGGGGGUGCCUGCAACCAGAUGUGUUCUCACCUGCAAGAUGAAGUUCGUCUUCUGCAAGAGGAUGUCACACGAUGCACAAAUAAAUGUGGUGGUUCUGGCAGCGCUGGUGCAAAUGCCGGUACCAGGGGAGAUGGGCCACAUUUGGAUGCUGAGCGGCCUUUAGAUGGUCAUAGCGUGAUUGGAGGCUCUAUUAACAACCAGAUGAAGACACUCCAGGGUGAAUUGUCUGAGGUCAUACUGACCUUCAGCUCUAUAAAUGACACCCUGAAGGGUCUUGAGCACACUGUUCAGAAACAUGGCAGCGUCAUCACCGACUUGGGAAACACAAAGGAUAAGAUUAUCUCUGAAUUGGACAAGAUACAACAGGAGGUGACAGAACACAUUGAGGAAAGUCGGGACCGGCUGGAUGGGAUGGACGGAGAUGUCAGACGCUUUGAGAGCACGAUGCUGGUAGAAAUGGGAGACUGUAAGAGAUCGGGUGAUGGGCUGGAGAAAAGGCUAUCAAAACUUGAAGGAGUAUGUGGAAGGUUGGAUGGAGUCUAUGACUCAAUCCACAAGAUAAAGGAAGGACUGAACCAACAUGUAUCGAGCUUAUGGACUUGUUUUUCGGGUCUGAACAACUCAAUCAUCCAUCAUGGAGGAAUCCUAGACUUUGUACAGGACAACCAGGAUGAUAUUCAGAGCCGGAUAAAGAACCUCAAUGCAAGCUUGAACCACAUCUUAAAAGAUAAGCAGAGGUUCACAGACCACGCCCUACCUGGCCAUCCUGGGCCUCCAGGUGAGAGAGGCUUGAAUGGGCUGCCUGGUCCGCAAGGGCCACCUGGACCUUCGGGGAGACCUGGAGAAAGUGGAGCACGUGGGCUACCAGGUCCCAAGGGAGAAGCAGGAUUGCCAGGUGCUGAUGCUCAUUUACCCAAACUGUCCUUCUCUGCUGCACUUACUGCCCCCAUGGAAAGAGCAGGAACCAUAAUCUUUGACAAGAUCUUUGUUAAUGAAGGUGACUUCUAUGACCCCAGAACUGGUAUUUUCACUGCCCCAGUUGAUGGACACUACUUUUUCAGCGCCAUCCUAACAGGUCACAAGAAUGAGAAGAUAGAGGCAGUUCUUUCUAAAUCCAACUAUGGCAUGGCCCGCGUAGAUUCAGGCGGCUAUCAGCCUGAGGGUCUGGAGAACAAUCCUGUGGCCGAAGUAAAAACCUCUCCAGGCUCUCUAGCUGUUUUCAAUAUCAUUUUGCCCCUGCAGACUCGGGACACAGUCUGCAUUGACUUGGUAAUGGGAAAACUGGCCCACUCUGUGGAACCACUUACCAUCUUUAAUGGGAUGCUGCUCUAUGAAGAUAUGUGAUGGCUUCCUGCUGAUUUCUGAAAAACCUAAGACACUAAAUGAGAAAGACAGAGUACCUGAAUCUCCGAAUGACUCGAGACAAGCCUACAUGUGGCAGCAACAAAACAGUGAGAUCACAUUGGUAUUCAGAAGUGGCAAAGAACAUUUCUUUAAAGAGACCUUAGAGGGGAAGUUCAGGAUUUUUUACAUCAAGCUUAAUCUUUGAGUUAGUGAGGGUUUAAUUGGUCGGUGGAGUUGAUUUCAACAAAUUCCGUGUCGUUUGUUAGUUAUUUGUUAGUUUCAGUGCUCCAGAGUGGCCAAGCUAGCCGAGUCAAAUGGGCCAUCCUAGCAUGCCAAUAAGAAACAACAUAUGCACACAUUUAAAUCAUCAAUGUCCUAUGCAAUCAAUAGUAUUGGCUAUGUUUUCAUGAUAAAGUUAUUCAAACUUACCAGUGCAUGUCAAUAAUUGCAAUAUUAAUGGCAACAUUUGUAAACCAGAAGCUCUGCAAAGGAGCAGGGCGGAAUGAUAUCACAUCGGGUUUUUUUCACUGCUGAUUUUUCAUGUCGUAGCCGGCAGCAUGUACCCAGUUUAUAUUGUUUCUUGUUUUUCAGAGGCAAUUUGUGUCAACUUUCCUUUGCCCAUUUCUUCUGUUUCCACAGCUUCCAAAUCAAUGGUUCUUAACGAUACCAAACCGCAUAAGUUUCACAUGUGGAUUCACCAAACCCCUCCGAAUUAGAUACUAAAGCAAUUUUUUUCAAAUUCAAAAUCCCUAUAUCUAAGCUAGGAGGCCAAUUAUUUAGCAAAUUCCAGUUCAAAUUUCUUCUCAUUUUGACAGCAUGUUUUAUAAACACGUCAAAAUUUGACACCAUACUGCCCAUUGGUCUGUUGUGUUCUAUCAUACUGAGUGAGAGUCAACCUUCCACUGAGUAAACAAGUUCCUCCUCUCAUCAGAUCGAGGAAUAGCAGUUAAAAGAAAUUUAUUAAGCCUGUAAAUUGGAAGCAAAACAGUCCAAAACCUGUUCUAAAAAGCCACUUUGCCUAGAUUUGAUUAGCGUACGAAAAUAGGGCUCUGCAUUUCUUUACCUUCGGCGAACCACUUAGACUUACUCACCAAACCCCUGGGGUUCGAAUGAACCCAGGUUAAGAACCACUGCUCUAAAUGCACAUUUUGCCAUGUUGCCGGCCGUCAGUUAACUCAGCAGACUGAUGCUGCAUUCGAGGAAGGUGGGAAGUCAGAGUUUCAAACCUCCGAUCUGGAAAAAUAUCAUUGGAACGCCUCCACUAUUUGAUCGCUUACGAGAAGGCAGGUUUGCAGGCGGUCAAAAUGUCUUUAGAUGGCCAAAAGAAAAUACAAAAACAACUUGUCCGGAUCAGCCAUCUUUGCUGUUUACAUUCUCUUGGAAUGCUGUGAGGUCGUAACUGGUACCCUACGAGUGUCCGACUUCCCACCUUUCUUGAAUGCAGCGUGAGCACGAGUGGCCGAAGCCCUCCUCUCUAUUGUGGUCAUAUUAAGCAUCUAAAAGAAAAACAGUCCUGCAGAAUGAAAUCAAUUACAGCAGUUUGGUGUGACAAUGUUUUGGCCCACUGUGUGUUUUGGAACAAUGAUCUGUGUUUUGAAUUUAUUUGACUAUGUUGGAUUUAUGUUGGUUUUAUUGGCAUGCUAGGAAGCUGCCAUUGACUCGCGCUAGCUUAGCCAGUCCAGAGCCCUGAAACUAACAUAUAACUUGCAAACUGCACGGAAUUUGUUGAAAUCAACUUCACCAACUAAUUAAACCCCCGCCAACUUGAAGAUCAAGCCUAACGUCAAAAAUUCUGAACUACCGCUUUAAAAGUGCUAUGAAAUGCUGAGCAUUUCAAACAAUGGAAAUAAAUGCCCUCGUGUAAUUUUUAAAUUUAGAAAACGAAUAUGGCACGCAAAUGUGGCUGUUUUUUUUAAUAACCAUUUCAUAGUUAUCCCAGCCAAAACAAUUCAUCAGGGAAUGUCUGGGUUAUUUUUUUUUCCCCCUUAGCAAUUCUGGUUGUGAUGUCACAACCAGAACUGAUGACCAUGUGUAGCUUUCUAUCGCUGCGCUAGCGAAUACAUGUUGAUAGAAUGACAGAAUUGUCACACAGCAACAAGAGAAUAGAAAGCCAUGCAUAACCUCAGUGAAGGCGGCCCCCCAUCAGACACAAAUUUAUAGAAAAAUGAUGUCAAUAGUUUGUGCUUGUUUUUUAUGUAAAAAGUUUUGUUUGUACUGCUAUUGUUUUUAAUAUAUAUAUAUAUACUGGACUGUCUCAGGAAAUUAGAAUACACAAUAUUCUAAU